AUGUCUUCGUCGCCUCCCUUUGAUAUCGACGAUGUAGUCUUUUGGUCAUUGUAUACUGGUGCACUCGUUACCUUGAGUGCUGAAUCAUCACGUUUCUUUGUUGUUAAAGGUGCAGCCUUUGUUGUAGUUGUAGGUGCCAAUGACUUUGACUUUGUCGUUGUUGUAGUUGUUGAUGCAUUGUCGGUCGUGGUUGAUGGUGAUUUAUAA